CCCACAUGUCUUCAUCUAUUUAUUCAUCCAUCCUUCGAUUUUUCCAAUUUCUCCGAUUCUUGUUUGGUGAAAGAAAUAAUUUUACUUCCAUUAUUUUGAAGGAGCCUCACUCUUUCUUUCUCUCAAUCUCUCUCUCUUUGACUGUGCACUCAGAUAAGAUAAUAUACUCCUGCUCGAAGCCCCUCGCCUCUGCAAUAGUGGUUGUUGGAGCUUCAUAGAGUCAGGUGAAAGCUACAGAUCAAAGCGACUUGCCAUAAAUAAUCUGCCUCUAUGGCUACAAAUGAAAAUCUUCCGCCAAAUGUUAUUAAGCAGCUUGCAAAAGAGUUAAAAAGUCUUGAUGAAAUACCUCCGGAAGGAAUCAAAGUUGGAGUUAAUGAUGAUGAUUUCACAACCAUAUUUGCCGAUAUAGAUGGCCCUGCUGGGACCCCAUAUGAAAAUGGUGUCUUCCGCAUGAAGUUGAUAUUGUCAAGCGACUUUCCCCAUACCCCUCCCAAAGGUUAUUUCCUUACCAAGAUUUUCCAUCCAAAUAUCGCAAAUAACGGUGAAAUUUGUGUGAACACUUUGAAAAAGGAUUGGAACCCAACUCUGGGAUUGCGACAUGUUCUUUUGGUCAUAAGAUGUUUACUUAUAGAACCAUUUCCGGAAUCUGCCUUGAAUGAGCAAGCUGGCAAGAUGCUACUUGAAAACUAUGAGGAGUAUGCCAGGCUCGCUAGAUUGUAUACAGGAAUUCAUGCGAAGCCAAAAUCCAAGCUAAAGCAUGGAGCUAUUUCUGAGUCAACCACGGCUUUGAAUGUUGACAAGAGAAACAACAGUUCAGCUCAAAAUGCUGAUCAGAAAAACACAUUAGCAGCAAGUACUGGGAAUCCAACAACGGCUAGCAACAAGGCAACAAGCCUUGAAGAUCAGCCUGCGGGUGUGGGUAGUGUUGCUUCUGCUCCGCAAUCAAAUGAGAGCGGAGCUGUUGGAUCUUCAACCACAAUGCCAGCAGCUGCUGCAGCACCUAUAACGCAAAAGAAAGGUGUUCAAGCAGAGAAAAAGAAGAUUGAUGCGAGAAAGAAGAGUUUGAAAAGAUUAUGAUUACAAAUGUAAGACACAGUACAUUUUAUGGUGGCUGUGAUAUUCUGUGGUUUUAGUUUUUAUUUUUACCCGUUUACCCCUCGGCACCAUGGACAAGUUGCUUUGACACACUGUAAUGAAUAUGUAUUUGUCUA